CAAUAUCCCACAGACACCUUUGAGAGACAUUGGGGACAAAGACCGUCGAUGGCAGGACCCCUGGUCGGCCAAAUCAGGAAAGCACUUGGCUUGCUUCAGAGCUCUUGCAGGUAGUCGUCGGUUAUCAAGAGGUCCGGGCGGGAGUAUUCGUCCGUAACGAUGAUCCGGGAAGGAGCGGGAUGAAUGACGAGAGAUGGUUUGUUGAUGACUGCAGUAGGAAACUGGAAGCAUGAGGUCAAAAAAGGUCCAUGGCUUCCCGUCCUGUGUUUGAUCUAGCAAGUUUGCGGGCUUUUCCGUAACACCGAGCUGGCCCAGCUAAUCUCAGCUCCCUGGGUCGUGACGUGGGUGGAUAUUGAGCUUGUGUAGAGUGCCUGCCCCUGGGGGAGUUGCUCUUUCCAUUUUCGAUCAUGAACAAUGCUGCCCACCACUUUGUAAGUCUCCACCUUCCUUGAUGUAUCCGAGUAGGUGGUUUCGUUGGGGCCGGCCAGGCAUUUUGGUUUCGACACUGUGGCUAUUUCAAGAUAUUUCUCGUACUAGUAUCUGGCCUUUUGCUCUCAUCUACCUCCUCAUUGUUUACACUUGCCGUCACCAAAGCGAGUGGCCCCAAGCUCCCGCAGAGCUCUGCCCACCCACCUCGACUUAUACCUUCGCGUCGUCAGAGGUUCAAAAGCACCGGAGCAGCCUCAGAAUCUGACAACAUGGGCACCUUCUCCGCGUAUCCCGUUUUGACCGCCACCGUUCUUCUUCUGGGCCUCGUGUUCCCCUUGUUAACCUCAGGCGAAGGUGGCUUCACCCAUGACUGCGCCUAUGCAGGCGCCAACCUGACCGACAAACAUCACUGGAUUGGUGUCUAUUGUCUCAACGACGAUGUUGAUAUUUACGGAUUCAAUUACAGCAUGCUGGACUUGGAUCAUUGCGCGGGAAACAAUGCUGGACAGCUUGUAGUAUAUGAGAAUGGGAACUACUCCGGAUCAUGCGAGAACUGUACCUUUAUUCAUGACAAGUCGCUGCAUUUGAGUUGUUUGUGUUGGGAUAUGAACGGCGGGCACACUAACUCAACGCUCGACUUGAACACCACACUCUAUGACUCGAAUGGGGCUGUUGGCUGUUACAGUUUCCUCGGGAACAAGACAUGGGAGCCGGCGCCGGAUUCUUGACCGGGGAGCGUUGCAUCUUUUGCCUGACUUCUGAUACAACUACAUAUCGGCAUGCUAUGUUGGUAAAAUCUGCACUUGAUUGUGGUUUUUACGUCAAUUUCCUUCGUUCUUACUUUUUCUUUUCACUAUUUCCUGCCCCUGCUAGCGGGAUGGUACGAUUCUAACACUUUCGCGGAGAAAUAUAUGUUGUCAUUCUCCAAAAAUAGGUACACCCCUUAUACAAUGAUACCUCUCACCACAACUUCACUGAGCAGACCUACAUCUACGCGGCCCUUUUGGGCCGUUGA